CCUCCCAGCCUUGUUGAUAGAGGAGGGAUGUUGCACAUGGUUGAGUUUUGACUGGGAGUCAGGAUCAUAUUCAGAUUUUCUCACAUUGGACGGGACUCGAUCGCCUCAGCUUCACGUGAUUGAGACGCUGUCUGUAUUUUCAUGUUUACCACUGGCCAGAAUGAAGCUGUGAUGGGUCUGAAGCAGCAGACGUGUGCUGGAGCUCUACCAAACACAACCUUCAUGAUUUUUAAGAACACAAGUGCCUUUCUGCCACAACAUGGCCAGGAGUCACAGUAACGACUGGGGACAGCAUGACCUGAACAGAGUGUGCUUUGGCCUGAGUGCUGAUAUGGAACACAACCUGACGGAGCUUCAACAGCAGCAAAUGGCCAAGGAAUUUAACUCCAAUAUUUCCCUCCUCCAGUCUCCUUUCUACUCUGAUACUUAUCGCCUAACAUCUAAUAACAUACUGCGGCUCCAUGAGGGAGACCAGGUGGUCCCUUCUUCCCAGAGACGGACAGUAUUUGGGGGCCUCCAGAAAGAGACCAAACCCCUGCCGCCUCUGCCUGACCCUGAGGAGCUCAUGUCGGAUGAAGCUGCUGAUAAUGAGGUGGAGUUUUUUACCAGUGACCGACGGCGCCUUUUGCCCAAAAGUUGCCCCAAGGCCAUGUCCAGGGGCAGUAACAGAGACUGUGGCCAAGUUAAUCAUGCCUACCAGGAGAGCUCGCUGCAGGCCGUUAGUUCUGAGAUUGGCUGUAUGGCUUUCUCCUGGCCAGGCAGAGAGGACAGACCGACAGGUAGAGGAGGUGGGUUUGGAGCCAGCAACUGGGCACCUGGUCUCCACAGAGAAGACCACCAACAUGUGGCCUCAGCAGCUGGGGAUCCUUUGUGUAGCAAACAGCCAGACCUACACCAGGCGUCUAGAUUUCGUUAUUCCUUCUCAGGCCCUGCUUUCCAGCCACACAGCAGCACCACAACCUGCCCCACCGACAAGCCUCAAAUCCCUCCUCGUAUCCCCAUCCCACGAAAACCUCAGGCUCUCUCACAGACUGUGAGCACAAACGAGGAAGACAAGCCUCCCAGAAUUCCUCCAAGGGUCCCUUUAGUCCCGCCCUGCCCACCACGUACCCCGAGCCCCAAAAGCCUUCCAAUUUAUAUCAACGGUGUGAUGCCUGCCACACAGAGUUUUGCUGCUAACCCAAAAUAUGUGAGUAAGGCAUUACAGAGACAGCACAGUGAGAGGUCGGCACCUGCAGCUCACUUUUCUCCCUGCAUUGUUCCCAUUUUGAAGGACGGCAGACAGGCCAGUGCCACACACUACAUCCUCUUACCACCGGACCGACCGGCGCACACAGACAGACGAGAGACGCUCCUGAGUGAACCGACAAGGACGGGAAGCUCCAGUGUCUGGCAGCACAGAUAGAAACCCUCACUACUGUCACUGACAUCAUGAAUAACUAUGCUAUACGCUAUACAGUGUGAGAAAACAUCUUCAUGGUACAUAUGCAUGUCCAAUGUCAUAUUGUUGUGUUAUGUUAUGUUAUGUUAUUUUCAAUGACUGGUGUUUUCUAGACACCAGACCACACUGUUAGGCAGUUUUUAGUGACGUACCUCUAGUUCAUCCCAGAAAACAUCGUAACAUUCCAGUGUUUUCAUUGACAGUGGAGAAAUAUUUACCUCCUAUCAAGAGUUUCAGUUUUGGUAACUGGGACGCUGCAGUUAUCUCACAGGGAAAAUGUCUUCUCACUCAUUUAUUUGUAGGUCACAGCCACAUCGUCAUCGUCGCUAAAUGAAACGGAGCUGAUACUACAUUUCUUAGAAGUGAGCAAAUGAUUACUGUAUGUACAAGCUGGGCUUGUACAUGUAUUUUUGUGAUAAUGCUGCUUUAAAUCAUGAGUAAUAAUAAUGUAUAGACUUAAUGUUUUGCAGAAUCGUUCUCACAUUAAGAUGAUUUAUGGUAAAUGUGACCGUGAACAACGUGGCCAAUAUUGGAAGUUUUGAACAACACUGAUAUUAAACAGUUCACCUGAUAAAACUCUUUCUUCAUAAACUGUCAGUGGAUUCUAGUCACUUCCAGUGCCUUUUCCAGGAUUUAUGUGUAAGUGCACUUCCUUUUGUUCAGCAGCUCUCACAAUCAAAAAGCUGAUCUUGUCAUUCAGUUACACCAAGCGACAUUCUACCUGCAAAAUACUCUACAGGAUCAUUUCAGGCAUUGAUUCAUUCAAAAUAUUCUAUUCUCAUGUUCAGUGUUUAAUUGAUUCAAGGGUACAUUCUGCAAUCAAUGUCAAGAGACAACCAAACUUCAGAACAUAUGACUGAAACCUGCCGUCACUCUUACAUUGAUUUGAUUGACAGGUCCUUUGAUACACACAUGAAGAACAGUAGCCAAAAACUAAGUCAUUGAUUUAUGAUGCUGGUGAAGGUUUUACAUCAGCUGUGUUUACACAUUUGUAAAAGAGGCCCUCAUUUUCAACUAUGAUGGGAUUACAAACACUAAUACUAAUCAUUAAGGUAAACAGUUUAAUAAUGUGUGUAAAUUUAGCUCAAAUACUGCAUACAUGGUCAAAAAUGUACAGGUUGGACAUUUUAAUGAUUCCUUUUGUGUCUAUGUGUGGGCAUGGAAAUCAUGUUACAUUUACACUGUUGAAGUGCAGACUCACAUUUACAGCCUUUGUAAUUAUACAGUGGGUUCUAAGUUCUCAUGAAGGUUGUGUCUGAUCUGAGGCUGUACGUUCAUGUUGUGUCAGUAGUAAAUCAUUGUAAAAUUGUGUUUUUAAUCUAUUUAUAGAAAUAAAAUAACUUAUUCGUCCUAUGAUUGAUUCAGUGUUUUUUGG